CUCCUAUGUUAAGUUUGAUAUAAUUCGAAGGAUAAUGACUAGGUUUUUUGGAAUAGAAGUUAUCAUGGUGAUGGGGAUCACGGACAUAGAUGACAAGAUAAUAAGAAGAGCCAACGAGAUGAAUAUAUCGCCAGUAGCUCUUGCUCGUAUUUAUGAAGAAGACUUCAAACAAGAUAUGGCUGCCUUAAAGGUCCUUCCUCCAACAGCAUAUAUGAGAGUGACUGACAAUAUUCCUCAGAUAAUUUCCUUUAUAAAAGCAAUAAUUGCUAGUGGACAUGCUUACGCAACCUCGCAAGGCAAUGUUUAUUUUGAUGUUAAGUCUUGGGGAAAAAGGUAUGGAGUAUUAACUGCUAUUUAUCCAGAUACCCAAGCUGAAGCAGUUGAUACUGACAAACGACACAGUAAAGAUUUUGCCCUGUGGAAGGCUGCCAAACCUCAAGAGAUAUUUUGGACUUCUCCCUGGGGAAAAGGAAGACCUGGAUGGCACAUUGAGUGUUCCACAAUAUCAAGUGCAGUGUUUGGAAAGCAGCUGGACAUCCAUACCGGUGGAAUAGAUCUUGCAUUUCCUCAUCAUGAAAAUGAAAUUGCACAGUGUGAAGUGUAUCAUCAGUGUGAGCAAUGGGGAAAUUACUUUUUGCAUUCUGGGCAUUUGCAUGUUAAAGGAAGUCAAGAAAAAAUGUCCAAGUCAUUAAAAAACUACGUAACAAUUAAGGAUUUCUUGAAGAAAUUUUCAUCGGAUCAAUUCAGGAUGUUUUGUUUGCGCAGCAGAUACAGCUCAGGAGUAGAAUUUAGUGACGAGAGCAUGGAUGAUGCAAAGCACCUUCUUCAGGCAAUCUCCUCAUUUUUUAGAGAUGCAAAUGCUUAUAUAAAAGGACAGCUAGUAUGUGACCCUGUCAGAGAAGACAUACUGUGGGAAAGGCUAGCCAACACAAAAGUAACCGUGAAGGCUGCGUUUGCAGAUGACUUUGACACCUCCAGGGCUGUUGCAGCAAUUAUGGACCUCAUUCACCAUGGCAACAGACAGCUUAAGGCUGUUACUAAGGAUGCUGGAUCUCCUAGAAGCUCUGUUGUGUAUGGAAGCAUUAUUUCCUAUAUAGAAGGCUUUUUUAAUGCCCUUGGGAUGUCCUUUGGAGAAAGACAGGUGGCUCUGGGAGGAGGCAACUCAGCUGUGCUCUCUAAUGUCAUUGAUGAGCUUGUAAGGUUUCGCACAAAGGUUCGUCAUUAUGCGCUUGCUCUGCCGGAAGAAGGAGCAGAAGCUGUGCCAACGGAGGGUGCUGUGGGAACUAAAGCAACAAAACAAGAACAGAAGCAAAAGAGGCAGCAAUUAAUGCAGGAGAGAAAACCCCUCCUGGAGGCUUGCGACAGUCUGCGUGGAGACCUUGCUGCCUUUGGAAUCCACAUAAAGGUAGAAGACAGUGACCUUCUUUGUGAGACUAUUGAAAAGGAACUAGAAAGCAAACUGAGAUGGCUUAUGAAAAUAAUGCCUUCCCUCUACCCUCCCCGCAUGCCCCCACCAAAAAUG